UAACACCGGUCUGCGUCAACAACCGCUCCGGUGUGUCCGUGUGUUUGUUUGACGGGUUGUCUCGGUUCAUUACCGGGAGGGGAGACCCACCGAGCGGUCUGCUGCUUACACAGAGACUCGAUAAAGGUUAUUUUUACCUGUCAGCCUGUCUUCUGUGUUGCUGGUUCACGUUUUGACCUUCCUGCCUUAUGACCCCUUUCUGAUCACCUGUGAAGCUCUACAAACUGAUCCAGCCAGCGUCUCCAUCCACUGCUGCAACAUGAGUGUAUGAUGUCUGAGAGCAGCUGCUAUGGCGUGCAGCAGCGGUCAGAACAAUGCAGAGACUCUGGAGGGGUUUCACGAGGUGAACUUAGCCUCGCCCACUACACCUGACCUGCAGAACCAAGCAGAGCAGCGACCACCUGUCCGGCACAGCACCCCUCCCACCUCUCUGUACCGCACACAUUCACUGGGAGCGCCCCCUGCUGGCCUCCCCACAUCACUACGGGCUGACCAGCUCCCAACGCAACCGGUUUACUCCACGCCACGGCACAGCCACAAUGGAAGUGUGCCAGGCCAGGAGGGGGAGUCGGUGGACGGCACCGUCCUGUCAGGUGAAGACGGCGAGGAAUGCAGCGCCCUGAGCGACAGCCUGUCAAGGCUGAGAAGUCCGUCGGUGAUGGAGGUCAGGGAGAAAGGAUACGAGCGGCUGAAGGAGGAGCUCGCCAAGGCCCAGAGGGAGCUGCUGUUGAAGGAUGAGGAGUGUGAGAGGUUGUCUAAAGUCAGAGAUCAGCUCGGCCAGGAGCUGGAGGAGCUCACCGCCAGUCUCUUCCAGGAAGCCCACAAGAUGGUCAGAGAAGCGAACGUCAAACAGGCGAAUGCUGAGAAGCAGCUGAAAGAAGCCCUGGGCAAGAUCGACGUCCUCCAAGCAGAGGUCCAGGCUUUGAAGACGCUCGUUCUCUCCUCCCCCACCUCCCCCCUGGGCGAGCUCCCCUCCGUGGGAGCAUCAGGAGGAGUAAAGACCCCCUUCAGGAAGGGGCACAGCAGGAACAAGAGCACCUCCUCGGCCAUGAUGGGGACGCAGCCCGACCCGUCGGCCACGCAGCCCAUCGUACGGGAGUGCAGAGAGGUGGACAGUCAGCUGUUUGGUGAGUUUAAAGCGUGGAAGGAAGAGCCGACGUUGGACCGGGACUGCAGCUUCCUGGAGAGAGUUUACCGUGAGGAUAUUUACCCCUGUCUCACCUUCAGCAAGAGCGAGCUGGGGUCGGCCAUCUUGGAAGCAGUGGAGCAGAACACACUGAGUGUGGAGCCGGUGGGUUUCCAGCCGCUGCCCGUGGUCAAAGCGUCGGCGGUGGAGUGUGGCGGACCAAAUGGGCGAAGGGCUGAACUCGUCACAAAAUGUGCCCUGAGCGGUCAGACCAAAACCUGUAAGCACAGAAUCAAGUUUGGGGACUCGUCCAACUAUUACUAUGUUUCUCCUUACUGUAGAUAUAGAAUCACAGCAGUGUGUAAUUUCUUCACCUACAUUCGCUACAUCCACCAAGGGCUGGUUAAACAGCAGGAUGCGGAGCAGAUGUUCUGGGAGGUGAUGCAGCUCCGCAGAGAAAUGUCCGUCGCCAAGCUCGGCUACUACAAAGACCAGCUGUGACCGACGGACAGCCCCGCCCUCCAAUCACAGCAGACUCUGCCCCUGGAGCCCCGCCCUCCUCUCCUUCCCCUGGAUCUGGUCCCCCUCCUCUCCUCCAGUCCUUCCUCUCCAUCCCUCCUCCCCUGUGUGAGUGUUUGUGUGCGAGGAUAAACGUGGUUGUUUUUCAAUCAAAGAGACUGAAGGACGGUGGCGUCUGUGGUCGUUACUGAUUCUGAGUUUUUGUUGAGAGUUUAAAUCCAAAGUUUGAGAUUUGAUUUACUGAAGAACUAAACACUCCGAUGUAUGAAGACAAGUGGCAUGGAAAUGAUAUUUAAAUAUGUCUGCAUUUAAACCGAGCUGAGGAGCUUUGACCUUUGUUUUUUCAUUCCAAAGUCCAAGUAUUUAUGAUAAACUACUUUAUAAACAUCUGAUGGAGAAUAAGGGCCACUGUAGGGGAAGAAAAUUACAUUUUUCAAUAAAUCUAUGAAGAUAUUUACAAAAAAGAUAGAACUCACAAAACAAGGAUAAAAAAUGAAGAAAAACAUAGUUUUACAAUAAACAGAUGAUUUUACAGAAGCCUUAACUCUUUAGAAAUGGUGAAUUUUCUCCCAAAUUUAAGGUUUGACUUCAUUUGAAAACACAUUUUUAAUUUUCUUUUUCCAAAUUUAAAUUUAAAUUCAAAAUAUGAUGUCUAUAAACAACUUUAAAAGCCUUUAUUUUAUUAAAAUGAGUUUGUUUGGACUGUAAAUUUGCUCUUUCUUCAUAUACAUAAAGCUCUGUAAAAAUCUUGUAUUUUCCCCAACAGUGGCCCUUUUAUUCUUCCAUAUUGACUCAAGUAUCUAAAAUCUGUUCCACUGCUGCUAAAAUCCGUCCGUGACGUUCUGUAAUCAUGGAGGAUGUGCUGUAGAUGAAAUAAGACGCCCAUAAUGCAAAAAUGAAGACCAAACAAUCAAUUCUUGUUUACUUAAACUGUUUAUAAGCUUCUAUUUAAUUUUAGUUUGUAGGAAAUUAUGAAGGAAGUUUAUUUCUAUGAUUUAAUGAUGCAUUAUUAGAUGCAAAGAUAAUCACAGCCCCAUGCAGACAGGAUUAAAUUCUGGUUUCUAUGAUUCAGUGCUUGGUAGAGCAUGAGGCCCAACGACUCUAACCCUUGACCUCCAAAAUCUCGCCAGUUUAUCCUUGAGUCAGAGUGGACAUUUCUGCUAAGUUUGAAGAAAAUCCCUCAAAGCAUUCUAGAGAUAUUACUUUCACUAUAAAGGGAUGAACAUGAGGCCCAGUGACCAAACCAGUGACAUCCAAAUUAAAUGAGUCAGAGUGGACGUUUUUGCAAAGUUAAAACAAAAACCUAAGUGUUUGCUUUCAUAAGCAAAGGGUGAACAUGAGGCAUAGUAGCCAUGAGUAAGAGUGGACUUUUGUCAAAGUUUAAAAAUAUUCAAGAUGAGUUCAAAACCAAUGGGGGAAAAUAAGGCCUCAUGAUUUUUUGGGGGGAUAUUUCAUUACCAAACAAGGGAUAAACAUAAGGUCCAAUAAUCUUGCCCUCUAUCAAUUCCCCUCUAAAAUGUAAGCAAUCCAUUCUUCUGUCAGAGUGGACAUUUGUGCAAAUUUAAGAGAAAAAUCACUAAUUUUUUAGGAGAUAUCCCAUGACCCCAAGCAAGGGAUGAACCUUAGGCCCAAUGACCUAACCAGUGAGCUCCAGAUUAAACGAGCCAGAGUGGACAUUUGUGCAAAGUUUGAAAAAAUGAGAUUGUAGUCAUAGGCAAAGGAUGAACAUCAGGCCCAGCACCCUUGAUCUUUGAACUCCCAAUUCCAGUCCAUUCAACCAUGAAUCAGAGUGGACAUUUAUCAAAGUUUGAAAAACAAAAUUCAAGAUGAGUUUAAAAGUGACAACGGAAGAAAAGGCCUAAUGAGUGUUUUUUGAGAUAUUCCAUUAUCAAGCAAGGGAACAUAAGGCCCAAUUACCUAUCACCUCUCAAAUGUAAGUCAUCCAUCCUUUUGCCAGAGUGGACAUUCCUGCAGUUUUAGGAUUAAAUCCCUACAAUUUUUGGAGUUAUUCCAUAACCAAGUAAGGGAUGAACAUUAGGCCCAAUGACAUUGAAUCAUUACCUCCAAAUAAACCCAUUCAAUCUUUUAGUCAGAGUAGACAUUUGCACAAAGUUUAAAGAAGAGCCCUCAAAGCAAAUUGGGAAAUCACGUUGACAAGUUAAGGAUUGUGAUGCACCAUAACUUUGAACUUUAACCUCUUUAGUUCAGUCAGUUCAAUCUCCAGUUAGAGUGGACUCUCGUACAAAAUUAGAAGUAAGUUCCCUGCACCUUUCACAAGAAAAAGAAGAACAUGAGGCAUGGUUGACUCAUAACAGAACUCGGAUAAUUCUUCAGUCAGAGUGGACAUUUGUGCAAUGUUUGAGGAAAACCCAGCAAUCCUGAGAUCUCCCAUAACCAACCAAAGGAUGAACAUGAGACCCAAUGAACAUGAGCUCUGACCUUUGCCCUCCAAAAUGAAAGCACCUCGUCAAAUUUCAGAGUGGGCGCUUUUGUUAAGUUAGAAUAAAAUCCCUCAAAACAUUCUUGAAAUAUCCCAUAGCAAAUCAAAAGAUGAACAUGAGGCCUGAUAACCUUGAUCUGACCAACAAAAUAGGCUCAGUUCAGCUGUAGGUCAGAGUGUUGUUGAUGCAAAUCACUCUAAGCAUUCUUAAAAUGUUGCUUUAGCAGGCAAGGAUGAAUAUGAGGCCUUAUUAUCUUGACCUUUGAGCUGUGACCUCUAAUAUACUAACAGUACAUACCUGAGUCAGAGUGGAUGUUGGUGCAAAGUUGAAGGAGAAUCCUCCAAUGCGUUCUUGAGAUAUUGUGUUUAAAAGUAAGGUAUGAACAUAAGGCCAAGUGACUUUAUGUAUGACUUUUAGAAUCCAGUUAAUCUCUUAGUCAGAGUGGACUUUUGUGCAAGGUUUUAAAAAAAUCUUAAAGCGUUUAGAGAAAUGUCUUAAACGAAAAUUCUCUGACUGGAUAUCAGGAGCAAACAUUAUACUUCCAUCAUCUGCUCUCACCAGUCCUGAGGCUUACAAAUUAUACCCAACUAGUUAGAAACACUUCCUGUUUGUGGUAUAUUCUUUGUCCUACAGACAACUAGGCGACUUUAACACUAGAGUACAUGAAACAUGAUGAUCCAGGCAAGUUCUGUUUUUUUUUUUUUUUUUCCUAUGGUUUCUAAUUAAACGUGUGAAUCACUUUACUUUGAAGAUAAUCCUGUCUGAAUGGGGCUUAUAUAUGUCCUCUUAGCAUUAGAAACCUUGUUUGUGAAUGCAGGAAUCAUUUUAUUUAUACUUUCUUUAAGAAUUUGUGUUUUCUUUGUGAAAGGCUGGUUCCAGAUUUUCAAGAAGUUUCUACAAAGUCACAGGAAAACUUGAACACUACAUUUUGGCUGUUUAACACUACAUGAUGUUCGGGCAUGUUUGGACACUUUUACAGAGACAUUUUUGGGGAAUCAUCCUUUAUAAGCUCCUGGUGUUUUCAGCCUGCUGUAUUUAAUCAAUCAGGAUGUGUGUAGAUAGUAAGCUGUGUGAAUGAAUGGUGAGUGUGUGAAUGCCUGGUGUUGUGUAAACUUUCUAAAUGUUAAUUUAAACCCCACUCCACUCCUCUGCAUCUCUCUCUCUCCUAUUCUAAGUCGGUGUCACUCUCCUGGUUUGGUUUAGUGCCUUUUCUCUCAGACACUCUGAAAUAAAAACAGUAAUA